CAGGGCAGAAUUGCGUGCGUACUUGGUCUCCACUUCCUCUUGUGCUCCAUGUGUCCAUGCGAGUGAGCUGCAACACGCUGAGGAGUUUUAAUUUUCAGAUUUGCUUGCAUUUGUUGACUGUAAGAUGGAGGAUGUCGAAGAUGAUUUACAGUUAGGCUUCGAGUCCGAGGAAGAAGACGCCGAUUUAUCGGAUGGAGAGCUCCAGGAAGCCUUCUCCAAGGGGGAGCUGAAGCCUGGAUUAAACAUUCCUCUACAGGAAAAGAAGAUCGUUAACAAUAUGGAAGGUCUGAAGCAGUGCUUGUCCGAGCUGCGAAAGAAAUUACCCUGGUUGGAACGGCUGGAUUUGACCAGUUUGCCAGCGCCUGACAUUGUGGCUAAAGCAGAAGGGAGGCCAGUAGCAGAGGAGAGUGGGGAGAUCAAUGCAGAGGAUGACUUCCAGAGAGAGAUGUUCUUCUAUCGUCAGGCCCAAGCUUCUGUGCUGGAAGCAUUACCACGGUUGCACAAAUUGAAGAUUGCUACCAAGAGACCAGAGGAUUAUUUUGCUGAAAUGGCCAAAUCUGACCAGCAAAUGCAAAAGAUUAGAACAAAAUUGCUGGCCAAACAGACAGCAAUGGAGAGGUCUGAGAAAGCCAAGAAACUCCGAGAGCAGCGGAAAUAUGGCAAAAAGGUUCAGACGGAGGUGCUGCAGAAAAGACAGAAGGCGAAGAAAGCCAUGAUGACUGCAGUAAAGAAAUACCAGAAAGGAAUGACCGACAAGCUUGAUUUCCUGGAUGGUGACCAGGAAAAAGGCAAGAAAGGGGAUAGCCUAUCAAAGCCAGUCAUGAAUCAACGAGGCCCCAGCGCAAAGAGGAAGUACAAGGACCAGAAAUUUGGGUUUGGUGGCAAGAAACGCGGCUCGAAGUGGAACACCAAGGAGAGUUACGAUGAUGUCUCGGGCUUCAAGGCGAAAUUUGCACACGGCAAAGGAGGGAAGUUUGGGAAAGGACGGAAGCAGAAAUCCAAUAAGAGGCCAGGCAAGGAGGUCCGGAAGAAGAUGAAGAAUCGCUCUCGAUAGUUCGGUACCUACAGGCUACAGUCUUUCAAAAACAAAUUCCUUGAAUAGCUGCCAGUGUUUGAGGCUGUUUUUGUGGACACGUCAGUAUUUUCUCCACACCAUCCAGAGGAACCACUGGGAGCCUCAGUGAGUGUCUUGGCACAGCCAGUGUAUGAAUGUUCUUUUGGCAACGUUUUGUACAUGUGCUUUCCAAGGCAAGCAGGAAAACAGCAACAGAGAGUUACAGAACUUGCAGAAGUGAUUUCUCAAAAGUGUGCUGAUGUACAGGUUUCAGUUUGGAGAAGUUUUUUUUAGAUUUCUUUUUUAAAUCGGGAGUUAAAUAAAACUUUCAUGUUAAGAAGAUACACGGGCAUUUCUAUUACAAUACGCUGUAGAAAUAAUGUUAUAGGAAGUACCUUCUUCUGUGUAUAAUCUCAUGACAGUUACCUGUACCUGUGGUUUUGUAUUUUUCUGUACAGAUUUUUCAAGUAUUGAAAAAUAAAUUACUAAAAACAUUCA